AUGUUCGACGACGGCCCUCGCGGCCGGCGAGUCGCGCUCGGCGGCGCCUCCCGUGGCGCGAGCGGCCGCUCGAAGCAGGCACUCCUUGAGGAAAGCCGCCGCAAGCGGGGCGAACGCGAGCGCGCAGUCGCGCCCAGCCGCGCUGCGCUCGUGCUCGGCCGCCACGCCCGCGGAUCCAUCUGCCGUGCCGCGGUGGCCACGCGGCUGUGCGAGGCUCUGUCUCGUGACGUCGCCCAGCAAUCGUCCACCGCCCUAGAGCCCGCGGCAGCGCUGUCACUCGUGCGCCGCCUAACCUGGUUGAACCGCAUCCGACCCUCGCUGGCGGACGCCGCGCUCGUCGAGGCUGUGGCCCGCACCCUCCUGGAGGGGCAGCGAUGCGGCGAGCCCUUCCUCGCCGCCCGGUGCGUGUGCGAUGGCGGCGGCCGCUGGGAGCGCACCGCCCCGCCUCUGGUCCCGCCUCUGCUCCGGGCUGCGGCCAGCCAGCACGCCUCGGCUGCGGGCCGCGCGGCGCUGCGUGCGCUCUUUGCCGGCUGGAGCGAGGCGGCGCUGCGUGCGCUCACGCUCGCCGUUGCGGACGCGUUGCGCGGCUGGCAGGCGAGCGGGCUGCUCGCUGGCUCGGACUCGCGCCACGACAGCGCAGCGGUCCUGGUCGAGGCGGUGCGGCUGUGCGCGGCGGGGCGUGGUUGCGACUGGCGGCCGGAUGGCUGGUGCGAGGGCGGGCCGCGGCUCUUGCCACCCUCUGAGCUUCAGCUGCUGCCGCGUGCGAUGGCCGCGCGCCUCGUGGCGACGCUAAGCGCGCAGGGCCCGCCCGCGCCGCCGGCGGAAUUGCUGUCGCUGCGGUGCGGCCACGAGUUUUGCUCCGACUGCUGGGGCGGGCUGAUGACGACGGCGCUGCAGUCGGGCGCAGGAUGCAUCCACACUCGGUGCCCGCAGCCCGACUGCCCCGUCCUCCUCCCGGCGGAGCUGUGGCAGCGGUGUCUGCCCGCCGGCACCGCCGCCGGCGCGUGGAGCAUGCUGCACCUCCGCUCCUUCGUCGACGCAAACGCGCUGCUCUGCUGGUGCCCCUCCGCGAGCUGCUCGACGGCGGCUGCCCUCGUCACCGAGUCAGCCGCCGAUGUCGCGUGCUCGUGCGGCACUCGCUUCUGCGGCCUGUGCGGAGCGGAGCCGCACUGGCCCGCCGCGUGCGCCGAGCGGAGAGAGUGGCAGCAGCUGCUGCACCAGUCGCCCGACGCGCAGUUCCUGCUGCUGCACACGCGGCCCUGCCCCUCGUGCGGUGCGCGCACGCAGCGCGACAAGGGGUGCAUGCACAUCACUUGCACCAAUUGCUCGGCCGAGUGGUGCUGGGCCUGCGGUCAGACGGGCAAGCGCGGACAGUGGGCGCACGUCUUCACGUACUUCAACGUGCACCGCGGCGCUUCGGCCUCCGCCGUCCCCCCACUGGUGCGCCUCGCGCUCGCGCAAGUCGAGAGGCACUCAGACGUCCUCCUCGCGCUCGCCGAGCCAGCCGUCGGCGGCGGCAGCGGCGAUGAGGCGAGUGAAGCAAGCCCGUCUAGCGGCGUGGCCGACGGCGUUGUCGACGACGUCCCCGACCGCCUGAGCUGGCUCGUCACGUGCAUGCUUUACCUGCGCUCAAACCUAAAGCAGGCGCCGCCAGCGGCACCGGGAGGCCCGAGCUCCUCUCGGCUUGUGUUUCAGUCUGUGUACUGA